UGCGCAUGCGACGAAUGUCUUCGGCCGUGCAGGUCACGUGUGGUGUGAUGUCACCGCAGGCGGGAGGGGGCGGGUACACAUCAUGGCGUCAAUGCAGAAGCGGCUGCAGAAAGAACUCUUGGCUUUGCAGAACGAGCCUCCACCAGGAAUGACCUUAAAUGAAAAGAGCGUUCAGAAUUCCAUUACGCAGUGGAUUGUAGAUAUGGAAGGCGCUCCAGGAACUCUGUACGAAGGCGAAAAGUUUCAGCUUUUAUUUAAAUUCAGCAGUCGAUACCCUUUUGAUUCUCCUCAGGUCAUGUUCACUGGUGAUAAUAUCCCUGUCCAUCCUCAUGUGUAUAGCAAUGGUCAUAUCUGUUUAUCUAUUUUAACGGAAGAUUGGUCUCCUGCGCUGUCGGUGCAGUCAGUUUGUCUUAGUAUAAUCAGCAUGCUGUCCAGCUGCAAAGAAAAGAGACGACCUCCAGAUAACUCAUUUUAUGUAAGAACAUGCAACAAAAAUCCAAAGAAAACGAAAUGGUGGUAUCAUGAUGAUACAUGUUGAUGCCAGCCUUGCGCCCCUCUAGAUGAAGAUGAAUCCUGCUGAAAAACAAGCACUUUGAUCCUUCAAGUCUUUGAACUUUUACCUUUUGACAAGAGGUGACUGAAUGAAAAGAAGACUUCUUCCUUUUUACUGCAUUUUUACUAGUGUGCAUUGUGACGCAUGUUGCUCGCUGUCUGAGCCCAUGCAGCUGACAUGCUUUGUAAGUCACACUGGAGAAAUGCAGGUGUCGGGAUGAAAUUCCAUUUUACUUUCUCUUAUGCUUUCCAAGAUUUCCCAGGUCCUCAUGUAUUGUGCAAUAACACUUCUAAAUGCAUGAUAGGGCCUUCUGGACGUGGGAUAAGAAGGAAAACUUCCAUUACAUUGCCAUCCAUGACAUCGGGAUACUAUGCACUGUUACUCUAAAAGAAAAAUGGCGGCAUGGCUCCACCUGAAGGACUGCGAAACAGGACCCCUGUAUAUUUAUUCUCUUGUUUCCUUAUGUCAGGUUAUUUGUGAAUGUCUUCUGAUGAGUGCAAUGGACCGGUACCGCAAAAUAAAUCUCAGACCCAGGAGGUGACAUACCUAAGUUGUAUAUAGUAUAGAUAAAAUUGUGUGAUACCCUAGGCUUUAGGCAAAGCGUACCCGCUGCCUAUAUAAAACCAUUUUGUUAGGACCGAUUUAUAAAUUAAUAGGUCAUUCUGCCGUAUAUAAUCUGGAUUAGUGACUUCACCGAAAUAUGAGACUGGAAGUGCCUCAUACCUUGGUGAAGUCGUGGGCGCUGUUCUCAUGAGUUGUCUACAAAAUGGCGGUACACUUUAAUCAGGGCUUUGUAUUGGUAGGGGUGAUGAGAUGAUUGAGCUGCAGUCUUUACAUAGGCCUAAGUACCAUAUUAUAGUUUUUUUUUUUUUUUUUUUUUUUUU